AUGGAUUUCCAAGCCGUCGUAUUAGCAGGCGGCUUCUCGAAAACACUUGUCCCUCUCGUGUCCAAGGAGGUGCCGAAAGCGCUUCUUCCCGUCGCCAAUCGGCCGGCUCUUUCGUAUGUUUUGGAGCUUCUAGAGAAAAACGACAUAAACAAUGCAAUUGUUGUCGUUGAAGGGGAAACCGCAGCCCUUAUGAUUAGUGCUUGGAUUUCGAGCACGUUUUUUGAUCGAUUAAAUGUCGAAGUGGCUGCAGUUCCUGAGGAUGUUGGCACAGCUGGUGCGAUUCGAGCUAUUGAUCAUCGCCUGACUGCAAAGGACAUCUUGGUUGUGACUGGCGAUCUGGUCAGUGAAAUUCCACCUGGGGCAGUGGCAGCUGCUCAUAGACGACAUGAUGCUGCAGUUACUGCUAUGCUUUGUUCUGUGCCGGCUAGUGGACCAUCAGAUUCAGGCUCAUCCAGUGCGAAGGACAAAACAAAAAAAUCAGGAUACUAUAAUAUUGUAGGCCUGGAUCCAACUAAACAAUUUCUGUUGCACAUAGCAUCUGGAGCAGAUGUGGAGAAAAGUAUUCGAGUGCAGAAAAGCAUACUAAGAGCUGUUGGCCAGAUGGAAAUGCGCACUGAUCUUAUGGAUGCUCACGUGUACGCUUUUAAGAGAUCUGUUCUGCAAGAUGUCCUGAAUCAAAAAGAAACUUUUCAUAGUUUGAGGCGUGAUGUACUGCCUUAUCUUGUUCGGAGUCAGUUGAGAUCAGAAAUAUCGUCUAAUGGAGUGCAGUCAGAAGAAAAUGGCAACGUUGAUGAUGUUUUCCAGAACAGUAAAAUUCUGCUAUCUCAGCUUCUGGCCAAUGCAUCUACACCAAGUUUUCAUGAAAUCAAUGCGCUUGGUCAGGCAGGACCUGCUCCUACAUUAAAAAAAACUCAUAAAUGUUGUGUUUAUAUUGCUCAUAAGGGCAAGUAUUGUGCGAGGUUAAAUUCCAUUCAAGCAUUCAGCGACAUAAAUCGAGAUUUAGUAGGAGAUGCGAAUCACCUGUCGGGCUAUACUUUUUCUUCCCACAGCAACAUAAUUCAUCCCUCAGCUGCACUUGGAUCUAAAACCACUGUGGGAGCACAAUGCAUGCUGGGAGAAGGUUCCGAAAUGGGUGACAAAUGCAGUGUGAAGAAGUCCAUCAUUGGCCGUCAUUGUCGAAUUGGCUCAAAUGUGAAGAUUGUUAAUUCAGUUGUCAUGAAUUAUGUCACCAUCGGGGAUGGUUGUUCGAUCCAAGGUUCCAUUAUUUGCAGUAAUGUGCUUCUCCAAGAACGUGCCGUGUUGAAGGACUGUCAGGUUGGAGCAGGUUUUGUAGUCGUCGCUGGAAGUGAGCAUAGGGGUGAAUCAUUGGCCAAGAAAGAAAGGCAGUAA